AUGCGCGCGACGAGACGAUCAAAGAGGCCAUCUCGUCGCUCGCCCACCUCAUGUACGCAUGGCGCCUGCCCCUGGCCUGCGACGAGGCGCUGGGCGUGCGCGCCGUCGAGGCACUGGCGCGGCUGCCCGCGUCCUUGGACGUCGUGUGGCGUGCGUCGGCGGCGCUCGGCGUACUGCGCGUCGCCUCGCACUUGGCGCCCGCGGCGUGGCGGCAGUUCCUCACGCAGCUGCCCCCGCACCCGCUGGCCGCGAGCGUGGCGCAGCACAUCCGCUGCCUGGCCUCGCUCGAUGUGCCGCCACCACCGCCGCUCAGUGCGUGGCACUGCCACGAGACAGUGCACGCGGCGCCCACACACGCAGAUCCAUGGGCCACGCCCCUGUACGAUACCCCUUCCACGCCCCUGUCCCAGUGGGGCGCAUGCAAGACGCGCGAGCGUAUUCCUACAAGCUAUGAUGCCACGAUCGCGCGUCCCUUCUCGGAGCGAUCGUACGGCGAUGGCGACGAUCCGAUGGGGCGCUACGCGAGCGCAGCUCGGCGGCCCCUUGCCUCGGUGCCACGGCGCCGCGCGGAUUCGCACGACGCUGCGCCCAUGA